CUGGGAGCUAAAUCCCAGGUUUCAUUGUUGAUACGCCAUCUACUGGAUAGUGGUUACAACGCCAGUGAUCGCCCAGUGUUCAAUGAGAACGAAACAGUGAAUAUCACGAUCAGUGCNGCAGAAUUCAUACUCGAAUGGAAGGAUGCUUUUCUUAAAUGGAAUCCGAUGGAGCAUGGUGGACAGACAAGGGUGAAAAUCAAAGAAAUAGAAGUUUGGCGGCCAGAUGUAACCGUCUCAAGCAGUAUAGCGAAGGAGGUGCUUCUGGAAGCCAGCGAGCGUUAUUUGGACGUUUUCUAUGAUGGUACUGUAAGAAUGAGUGUUUAUGCAGUCUAUAGGAAUCUCUGCAACAUGAAGGUUGAUAACUUCCCGUACGACUCCCAGAUAUGUAUGAUCGAUAUUGGUCCGUGGUCGUAUACUGACGAAGAGGUACACUCCAUUCCAGGAGAAAGCAUUGAAGCGGCACGUGAUGGAUUCGAGGGCAACAGUGAAUGGGAUUUCGUAUCGCUCACCGCAUCCGAGAAGUACUCCACUGAUAGCGACGCCAACUUCCACUUCACUGAAGCCAGAUUUCAGCUCUACGUGUCACGUCGUCCUCAAUUCUACGUAUGGGUGUUACUGAUUCCGACAUUUGUCAUAACUACCGUAUCCAUUUGUGGUUUGUUCAUACCGACUAAUUCAUUGGGAGAUCGGGAAGAGAAGGUGAACCUCGGUCUGACUACGUUGCUCUCGUCUGCAGUCAUUCUGGAAAUCGUUGCUAAUUCGAUGCCCAAAGCAUCCGCAUUUCCCCUCCUUGGGAACUUCAUUUUGGCAGAGAUAUUCGUCGUAGCUGCAGGAGUACUUUGUUCCGUAGUGACGUUGACAUUGCAUCAUAGAGCCAAUACACGUCGAUGGAGACCCAAGCCAUGGAUGCUGAGGAUCCUUGGAAUGACGGGUUCCAACAAAUUCAUUGUAAAGAAAUGUGACAGAAUGAAAAGGACUAAAACGGGAGCUCUGAGCAAUGAAGUGGAUAAUGCCCCUUGGAUGACCGAUUUCAUGUCAUCGCUUCGAUCACUUCUCGACUAUAUCCACGAAGAAGAAGUCGACCAGCUGAGGGAGAUCGCAUGGCUGAAACUGUUCGAUCGGCUCGAUUUUCUACUUUUGAUCGUAUUUCUCAUCAUUAACUGCAUUGUCACUGCUACUAUCUGUUCUCCUUAA